GUGGAUGUGUAUCUACACGACUAGCUUCAACAUUAAUGUUAACAUUUUUUUGCUAACGAAUGUAAAAAGUCAACAUUAUACCUUCUUUUCUUUUGUUCUAAAAUACCAUACUUUUUUUUGCUAAAAGAAGAUACCAUACUUCUUUUUUACCUCAAUUUUGUAUAUCUGUGGGAUACCAGUUGAUUUAAUACUUUACGAUACUUCAUUGAUGUAAUGUGAAAGUUAUAUAUUUAUUAUAUUGAUGUAAGUCCAAAUCAGAGCUCAUGAAAAUGUCUUAAUCUACUAAGAAAAACACGUGAUGAAACAUUUAGUGAUUUUCAAGUGUCGUAAGAUCUUACUAACCCUUAAAUACGUAUGACCUGUUUUUGCGUAGCAUAAAAAAAAAGCCAGGGAGCGAGCGAGAGCGAACGUUCCGUUGAUCAUGUGCCUCUUUGAACUCGAAGCUCUUUAAAUACAAAAUCGAGUGCUCCACUUCGAACAAACAUCAAAGACAAAAUAAAGGAAAAAUGGUGUCUCUUUUCUCAGUUGUUUCGACUUUUAUUGCUAUUGUACUCAUCCCUGGUCUCUUCAUCUCUAGGCGUCUAAGUGUUCCUUUCUCCAUAAGAAACAUCCUCAGAUUCAUUAAACUCGCAGCUUCUCAGAACGAUAAUGAUGAAGAGAGGAACGAGAAACGUGGUACAAAUACAAUGGGAGAGAAAGAGAAACGAGGGGGACUGCCAAAGCAUGUGGCGAUUAUACUGGACGGAAACAGACGUUGGGCGCAGAAACGAGGACUAGGAACAUCGGACGGUCACAAGGCCGGAGCGAGGAGGGUUAUAGAGAAUGCUAAGGACUGUUUCGCUAUGGGUAUAAACACUGUCUCACUCUUUGCUUUCUCUACUGAAAAUUGGGCAAGACCCGAGGAUGAAGUUAACGGCCUGAUGUCCUUGUUCGAGGAAAACUUUAGGUCUGAGAUGCCUUUCUUCCAAAGAGAUAAAAUAAAGAUCUCAGUUAUUGGAAACCGGACGAAAAUCCCCCAGUCACUUCUAGGUUUGAUAAGAGAAACAGAGGAAGCUACAAAGAGCUAUGAAGGGAAGCAUCUCAUUUUAGCAAUAGACUAUAGUGGAAGAUUUGAUAUCAUGCAAGCGUGCAAAAGUCUAGCCGAAAAGGCGAAAAACGGGCUGAUCCAAGUAGAGGACAUUGACGAGAAUGUGAUAGAUAAAGAGUUGAUGACAAACUGUAGCGAGUUUCCAAAUCCUGACCUAUUGAUCAGAACGAGCGGAGAGCAAAGAAUCAGUAACUUCUUCUUAUGGCAAUCUGCUUACACUGAGCUCUACUUUCCUAACGUUCUUUGGCCUGACUUCGGUGAGGCUGAGUAUCUUGAGGCCUUGACUUGGUAUCAGCAAAGGCAGAGGCGAUUCGGUCGACGAGUUUAGGCUUUGUAUUUCAUGUCUCACAAAUAAAUUGCAUUUGAUUGCAAUAAUUUGCGUUUGAUUUUGUGUGUUAUUGUUCUUUGAUUCUCACACGCAUGUAUAAGUUGUUAGUAACAUCGUUCUCUUGCAAUACAAGAAACUG